AUGCGAAAUACACUUAUCUUCGCAGGCAAUUCCUGCCCGGUCCUCACAGGCCAAAUCUGCGAGAACCUGGGCAUGCAUCCUGCCAGCGCUGAGCUUACCCAGUUCUCUAAUGGUGAAACGAGCGUCAGAAUUCUGACAAGCGUCCGAGAGAAGGACGUCUUCGUUGUCCAGUCAGGCAGCCCCAGCAUCAAUGACUCCAUCAUGGAGCUUCUCAUCAUGAUCUCGGCCUGCAAAGGCGGUUCUGCUAACAAAGUCACUGCCGUUCUUCCUUAUUUCCCCUACAGCCGCCAGUCAAAGAAGAAGUCGCAUAGAGGUGCGAUUACUGCUCGCAUGCUUGCCAACUUGUUGGGUGUCGCUGGCGUUAAGCACGUUAUCACUGUCGACCUUCAUGCCUCGCAGAUGCAGGGCUUCUUCAAGUGUCCCGUUGACAACCUGCACGCAGAGCCUAUUCUUGCCAAGUGGAUCCGCCACAACGUGUCUAACUGGCGCGAAGCGGUCGUGGUCUCCAAGAACGCUGGAGGAACCAAGCGAGUGACAUCGCUUGCGGAUGCUCUCAAGCUCAAUUUCGGCAUUGUUACUACAGACAGGAAGCGUGUGAGUAACAUGACAGCGAGCAUGAUCAUGAGGCACUUCGAUCAUAAUGUUGAGCGUCAACCCACGCCGUUGGAGUCCAACCGACCCAUUCCCUACCGUGGACCCCCGGCUUCCGAGCGUGCUGUCGAGUCCGAGGCUACCCCUAGGAGGCAGACCCCCCCCCCUCGCUCUUCGCGAAUUGUGACGAACUCACAGGGCUCUCCUACACGGGUUAACAGCUCUGCCCGUUCAGUGACCUCCAACGCUGCCGAGGCUGCGGACCCCAACACUACCCCCCCUGCUGGAUCACCCGAUGGCUCGGCCGAUGGCGAGGCGGAUUAUGAUGACCAUAAAGCGUCUGAAGUUACACAGGGCCGUUUGGUCCAAGGUCGUAUUGUCGAGGAUGAUUAUCCGUCUCCUGAUCGAUCUGUUGUUGACGGCAGUGUGGAAGAUGAUCCAAUGACUAUGUCUCAUGCUUCAUCAUUCUUCGUCCCUGAGCCUCAAUCUCUCGGAGGAUCUGGCGACGCUGCAGCCAGCUCUGACGAGGAGGACAACGCAUUCGAGGACCCAGGCGCCGAACACCUUAUCACUCUAGUUGGCAACGUCAAGAAUCGAACCGUUUUCAUCGUGGAUGAUAUGAUUGACAAGGCUGGCUCUUGGAUUGCUGCAGCUGAGACGGUGGUCAAGAAAGGCGGAGCCAAGAAGGUUUACUGCAUGGCCACUCAUGGUGUUUUUGGCGGCGACAGUCUGGAGCAACUGCAAGCGUGCGAGUGCAUCGACCAGAUUGUUGUAACCAACAGCUUUCCAAUCGAUAAGGAUAGGGCACGCAGCAUCAGCAAGCUCGUGGUUCUUGACCUCUCAUUCCUGCUGGCGGAGGCCAUUCGACGUAACCACUAUGGCGAGGCUCUUUCGCCUCUCUUCCAACAUUAUGGUGAUUAG